UUAAUAAAGAAAAUACUAAAUAGCCCAAAACAACAAAUCGUCACUUAACAGAUUAUCAUGAAAUUAGUAAUUUGUGAUUGUGGCAGCAAGGUGGCAGUGGAAUGGAUAAAUACGAAAAAAUUCGCGUUGUUGGAAGAGGAGCAUAUGGAAUUGUACAUCUAUCUUGUAGAUUGAGUGAUAAAAAGUUGUUUAUAAUAAAACAGAUACCAGUUGAACAAAUGACAAAAGAUGAACGCCAAGCAGCUUUAAAUGAAGUCAAGGUUUUGUCCAUGUUGAAUCACAUCAAUAUUAUUGAAUAUUAUGAAAAUUUUCUGGAAGACAAAGCUUUAAUGAUUGUCAUGGAAUAUGCACCAGGUGGAACACUGCUUGAUUAUCUCCAAAGUAGAAAUGGUAAAUUGUUAGAUGAAGAGGAAAUUCUCAAGUUUUUUGCUCAGAUGCUUUUAUCUCUGCAACAUGUUCAUUCUAAACAAAUUUUACACCGGGAUCUUAAAACACAGAAUAUACUCCUUGAUAAAAAGCAGGAAAUUGUCAAGAUUGGAGAUUUUGGAAUCUCAAAAGUGUUGAGCAGUAAAAGUAAAGCUUUCACUGUUGUAGGUACACCAUGUUAUAUUUCUCCAGAAUUGUGUGAAGGUAAACCUUAUAAUCAGAAGAGUGAUAUCUGGGCAUUAGGUUGUGUAUUAUAUGAAUUAGCAAGUCUAAAACGAGCAUUUGAAGCUGCUACUUUACCAGCUCUAAUAUUAAAAAUAAUGAGAGGAACCUUUUCACCUAUAUCAGAAUAUUACAGUGAAGAAUUAAGAUCAUUGAUAUUAAGUAUGUUACAUCUAGAUCCAAAUAAACGUCCACAUAUAAAUCAGAUAAUGGCCCAGCCUAUAGUCAUCAAUGCUCUCAUGUAUCUACAUACUGAUAUGGGUAGUGUACCAUGUACAAGAAUAUGUCGUCCACUAUCAAAUAUGCCGUCAACAACUAGAGGUCGAGCUUCAGCGAAAGGAUAUAUGUCUCCUAGAGAAUGUCUACCAGUUAUAAUACAAGCAUUAAGUUGUGUUUAUAGUUGGGGAGGUGGUGUUAACAGUCCUAUAAAACUACCAUUACCAAGUAGUGAAACACAAGUUGUUCAAGUUUCAACAGGAAGAACUCAAAAAGCAGCUGUAACCAAAAAUGGACGACUUUUUUUCUGGGAGUCACCUAGUGUUAGUUGUGAAUCGUUAAUACCAGGUACAGUAGAUAACGCUACACCAGUUUAUGUACCGAGAUAUUUAGAAGGUCAAGCUGCUGUAACUAUACAUCAUGUAGCAUGUGGUGACCUGUUUAAUGCUUGUCUAACAGAUCGAGGUAUAUUAAUGACAUAUGGUAGUGGUGCUAAUGGUUGUCUAGGUCAUGGUAACCAUAAUGAUGUCACUCAGGCUAAAAUAGUUGAAGCUUUGUUAGGUUAUGAAGUAGUAGAGGUGUCUUGUGGUGCAUCACAUGUUUUAGCUGUAACCAAUGAACAUGAAGUAUUUGCUUGGGGACGAGGAGAUAAUGGUAGAUUAGGUCUGGGUAAUCAAGAAUUAUAUACAUCACCACAGGAAGUAACUAUACCUGAUGAUAUCUUACCAUGUAGUGUACACUGUGGAGUUGAUUCUUCUCUCAUUGUUACGCAAGAUGGCCGAUUAUUAGCGUGUGGAUGUAACAGGUUUAAUAAACUUGGUUUAGAUUGUGUAUUUAAUGAUGGUAUAAAUGCUAUAGUAGAAGAAUGUCAUACAUUUACACCAGUAGCUACACAUCCUAUUAAUAUCAUUACAAUAAAUAAAACAGCUUUAGGUACUUCACAUACAGCUAUAUUAUCAGGUGAUGGACAGCUAUGUAUGUUGGGAACAAAUCAGUUUGGUCAGCUUGGUAGUGAUGAAGAUUUAAUACCACGACAACCACAUCAUGUUAAAACUUUUGGAAACUGUAAAAUAAACACAAUUGCAUGUGGUGAUACCUUUACUGUAGCAGCUCUUGAAAAUGGUGAUGUAUAUACAUGGGGUAAAGGGUCAAGAGGUAGACUGGGACGACCAGAAGAACAAUCAAACAUCCCUAAAAAACUGACAUUUUCAGGAGAAGAUCCUUUUUUUGUAGUCUCUAUAUCUUGUAGUCAUGGUAACACUUUGUUGGCAACAAAACCAUUACCAAAUUCAGAAUCUUUAGUGGAUUAAAGUUUCGAUUCAGUACCUUGUCCUACUUUUCGGUACCAUGCAGACUUCUAUGGGGGAAAUUUGCCAAAGCGUCUAUAUGUGCAAGCUAUCAUGAACACCAUGGCUUCCAUUUCAAAAUUUUCGCUGCCGGUCAUUUUUUGAUAAAGCAUGAAAACUUUGCAAAGUACAGUGCACUCUGUCACAUCCGACCUCUGAUCACUCCGGCAUUCUGUUACAUCCGACACCAUUUUCAUGUCCCAAUUUAUUUCCUUAUUACUUCAACCAAAAAAUCUCUGGGUAAUUUGACCGCUGUACGUUCCAGAUUACGACAUCAAUCAGCCGACUGUCAUACAAUUUCCAUUGAAUCGACACCGUAUAAUCCGGCCUUCAAUCGUUGGGUGUGAAGCAAACACUUACCGAUCAAUUAUCCGUGAGAUUAAAACUGGAUGGGUGUGAAGCCACAAAAGAUUAAGAAGCAAUCACCAAUCAAUUAUCUGUGAGAUUAAAACUCGCUACCGUGGGUCUUUGUUGAUUACUUUGAUAAUUUUAAUCUCUUGUACGACAGUUUUGACAAAUACUCAAGAAUAUCCACGAAUUUUCCCCCGAAUUCACAGUCGUAAAAAUAUUCCCAGCACCUGCUGGAAACAUUCGUUGCGCAUACCGAUUGAACCUGAAUAACCUAUAAGUUUGGUCACCCCACGGAUCUCUUCGAACCGUGUGACGACGACCUGGGGGGUGCUCGAUUCACAGUCCGGAACGUCCCGAAUUGACAGAAUUGCAAUCGAGUGACGCGGAAUUCAGUCCUGUCACAGUUCUGUCAGUCCCGACAACGGAGGUGGUGUGAGUAAGUUGUGACGUAAUUAAACGGAUGGGAUAUUUAUAUAUCCAGUCCACGCAUGAGGUGUAGCCAGAAGUACCCAUUUUCACUCGAUUGUCACUAUUUUUGGGAUUGAGAGAAUUCAAUUCUGGAACGUUCAAUCGAGUACGCCCAUUAUCAAUGAACACGUGAUAGCAAAGACAAGAGUGCGAUCAACUGAAGAUGGCGAAGAAGAUAAAUUAACGACAGACUUGACCUAUUCAAAAUGCCUAUGCAUGUUAAAUGAAAUAAAAAUUAAUGUAAUAAAAUUUUGAAUGUACAGAAAGGUUUAUUAUUUUUAAAGGGAAUAACAUUCUGGUGAUUCGAAGUUCUAUGUUCGAAGCUACAUUAUAAUAAUACUUCCGGUUUUCGAAGUUACAAUAUUUCCGGGUUUGAGAAAACUGGGUAUUCCGACACUCUGCGUAAUCCGACAUAUUGUAACGAUCCCGUAAGAUGUCGGAUGUGACAGAGUGUACUGUAAAUGCAUAUUUCAUGGUAGGGUAUUGUGAAUUCACGUGUCUAUACCACUUUGUUAGCAUGGGUACACAAAAAAUUAUAUAUUGGACUUAAAAAUGAUAAGGCUUAUGAUAAUUAUUUAUUAAAUAUUCCCUUUUGGCUACUUAAAUAAUCGAAAUAGCUGAAUUGGCCAUAGAAAACUAUUCCAGUAGCUCACACGUAAUUACCACAUGCUCUUUAAAAAAAGCACACUGACCUGGAUAAUUUUGAUUUGUAAUAUAAUAAACUUUGAAAUGAAGAUAAAUAUAUAAUUAUCCACGGCAUAUUUCUCACAAUUAUUGGUUUUAGACCAUCUCUUACGGCAUUACGGACCGCAGAAUUGUGACAUAAAUCCUAAUAAUGAAUAACUAACGGAUAACUAACUUACAGCUAGCGACACUAGCGUCCCCUAGAAUAUCGUUGUGUAUAAUAAGAGUAACCAUAUAUACACGACAUCUUUGCAACACGUGGAAUUAUCAAUAUUGCUGUACAAUAGCACUGGAAUAUGUAAUAUUCUUAAUUUUUCGGUAAGCAAGUUAACUAAUCUGUAGAUUUUAUUUCUACAAUUGUUGAGGAUCUAUGUAAUUUCUAUGCUGUUUUUUAUUUAAUAUGACAGUUGGUUGGAUUCGAAGAGCAGUACUUCAUAUCAGUUGCCCUUUUUUCGAAGAUCAUAAUAAUCUUGUUUACAUCGUGCGUGACCGUAAUAGCGGUAAACAGCUUUGUUGCAGAAAAUUCUUUUGAGACGUGGACAAUACACGAGUGUUCAAAUAGUGAAUGAUUAACAAUGAACUGCUUCACGCCAUUGAUAAGAUUCCCACAUAUCAGUUAACUUUUAUUGUUCUACUACCAGACACUCAUCAUUAACGACUAUGUUUACAACUCUAUAACACCAAUCAUGGAAUUAUGUGGCUUCAAUAUGUGUGCAUUAUUUUGUACUGGCCGUACAAUUGUAUAGUUACAUAGUAGAGGUCGAUCAUAACCAUGUUUAAAAAUAGAGUUUUGCAAAAAAAGGUUCUUUUUCUGGCAUGCAAAAUGAUUGACGGGUCAGAUCUAGUUACGGUCAUUUUCCAUAGCUCUAGGUCUUGACCGGCAUAUAUGGCCGACAUGGAACCCAUGAUGUACACAAUGCUACGUAUUGCUGUCGCAAUUCCUUGCCAAGUCCUUCGUUCUGCACUACUGAUCAUGGCAAAGCCAGGCUGGAAAUUCAGAAGAACUUUCAAGACCAACACAGGCAUCCACCCCAGUACCUCUUGGCUAGCGCUGUACUCAAUGAUCUACUGUGGCUCAGUCCAUCCAAUACAUGUUUAUUUACAUUUUAUGUGCAAUCUAUAUUUUUAUAACUAUGCAUAACUUUGUGUAUAUUGUUUGUAGAUGCUUUGUUAUUUUUAUAUGCCCACCUAUAGAGGUCAUAAUUUUUAUCCGAUUUAAAAAAACGUAUUAAUAUAUCACUGUUACACCCUAAGGGAGUUUGAGUUCGAAUUUCGUGAAAAUCAGCCCAAAAUUGACAGACAAAAUGGCCGCCGUUCGAUCUCCAAUAGCGUAAAAAUAUGGUAUAUCAAGGUUGUGGACCCUAUAGAGGUCACAGUUUUUAUCCGAUUUUGUUGAAACUUGAAAUGUAAUUUUAUAACACAAAGAUCUCAAUUCCUUUCGAUAUUCGCGCAUAUUGAAUUGUAAUUUCCUGAAUUAUGGCCCUUGAUAGUAGGAAAAAUCACUUUCUUGUUCUCUAUCCAUAUCUCAAAAAUGUGGGCGUAUCCUGCCUGGCAGCCGCUGGUUAUCCAAUUUAAAAGACCGUUUGAAUACAUCACAGUUACAACUUACACCCUAAGGAUGGUUGAGUUUGAUUUUCGUUAUAAUCGGACCAAAACUGACAGACAAAAUGGCCGCCCCUCGUACUCAAAUAGCGUAAAAAUAUGGUAUAUCAAUGUUCUGAUUUUGAUGAAACUUGAAAUGUAAGUUUAUAACCAGAAGAUCUUGGUUCAUUUCGAUAUUCGGGCAUAUCGGAUCGUAAUGUUGGUUGAGUUCGAAUUUCGUGAAAAUCGGUUCAAAACUGCCGGACAAAAUGGCCGCCCCUUGUACGCAAAUAGUGUAAAAAAUAUGGUAUAUCAAGGUUGUGGACCCUCUAGAGGCCACAAUUUUUAUCCGAUUUUGAUGAAACUUAAAACAUAUCUUUAUAUCCCAAAGAUCUCAGUCCCUUUUGAUAUUUGCACAUUUCAGGCCAUAACUUUCUGGAUUAUUGCCCCUGAUUGUACAAAUAAUUGCCUUUGUUUUUAGCUUGUUCUCUAUCCAUCUCUUGCAAAAUGUGGGCAUAUCCUGCCUGGCAGCUGCUGGUUCUGACUUGUUAUGGUACGGCAGUUCAGGUUUUAGAACGGUACGGUCUAUAUUAACAAAAAUGUUCCAGUAACGUGAGAGAAAACUAUAGGCACAAACUAGGUCUUUUCAGGACUAACGAACGUUUCUUUGAAUUAGAUAUUACCAGUAGAUUUAUGCUACGCUAAUUGACCAUGUCGCUCAUCAACAUUUGCAUUUUUAGGACAACUGGCCCUAUCUAAUUUUUCACGGCUUAUGCAAGAGCUAAAUCUGUCUAUUGCAGGUCUUUCUUUAGGCCUGAAAUGUUAUCUAAAUUAUUAAUUAGACAUUAAUUACCCGGUUGUACGUGACAAGGAGUAGGGUCCCUUGUCCAAUCUCAUUGGUAUUCUCUGGGUCCUCCUGUUUCCUCCCACUGCUGACGACCCCUACAAGCAAGCGAAUUAUUGAAAUAAAAUUGAACCAUAUGCUAGUCCCAAAGUGACCUAGUUUCUGUUUCCACUGAAUGUUAAACCCUCUCUCUCUGUCUCUCCCUCCCCCCUCACAAAUGGUGAUUGGCGGUUUUAAUAAUCCCUGAAGGGAUAAUGACAGCCAUGUUGAUUUUCCCCACGUGUGCUCCCGAAUACUACAAGUAUGGUAUUUACUACUUCCUAGUGGGAAACACCAUAUUUCCGAGCAGUAUUCGUUGUGUUUAAUUACGUCAUGAUUCUACUCAUUACACCUCCGUUGUCGGGACUGGCAGAACUGUGACAGAACUGAAUUAUGCGUUACUUGAUUGCAAUUCUGUCAAUUCGGGACGUUCUGGACUGUAAAUCGAGCAUCCCCUAAGAGUCCAUAGCUGAAACAAAGCCUAAAAGCUAGCUAGUCAAGUCAGGAAGCCAAAAAUAUCACUUAAGAGCGACAGAAGUUGAACAAUCUUGGCUUAAGACUGGUGACAACGGUCAUAUUCUGGUCCACAUUAUUACUAAUAAACCAAUCAACCAAUCAAAUUACUUAUCUCUGCUGUUCCUAAACAUAAAAUGCGCAUCUUCGAACUCCAUCAAGCCCACACUGAUCAGCAGUGAAUUUUCGCUAGGCCGCUACAAUCACUGAUAAGGAUGACAUCGAUGUGACUUAAUGAGCCAGAAAUAUUAACUUCUUUCCUGCGACAAAUUAAAUUGUACAAAAAAAUUUAUGUAUUAGAAAAAUAAAUAAAGACGAUUGACGUAUU